AUGGGCAACUUUAACAUGGCGGAGCUCAAGAACAGUCGGUUAAUGCAAUUGAAUGCUCUUGAGGAACUUAGAAAUGAUGCUUACACUAGUUCUCUAAUUUAUAAAGAGAAAACCAAGAGUUGGCAUGACAAGAGGAUCAAGGGAAAUAAAGAGUUUCAUGAAGCGCAAAAGGUGUUGCUCUUUAAUUCAAGGCUAAAACUCUUCUCGGGCAAACUCAAGUCAAGAUGGGAUGGUCCUUUUCUAGUGAAGAAGGUGUUUCCACAUGGUGCUAUAGAGUUAUUAUCAAAAGAUGGUACCCCUUUCAAGGUCAAUGGACAUAGGGUCAAAAGAUAUGAAGAAGGAGUCCCAAGAAAUGAAGGCAUGGAAGAAGGGCUGUUGCUGGAAGGAAUUGCAGCAACGUAG